AUGUCGAGCUCGAAACUCUCACAAGGACUGCGACACCUGCUCACCCUUCGAGGUGCAUCCGCCGUUCCAGCUCCGGCUGCGCACAUCCUCGAUCAGACCUUUACCUCUACGCGCAACACCGCCAAGACUCCAGGUCGUGUGAAUGCAUGGUUGGCUAUCGCGACAGGCACACUCCUCACAGUCAAUUCUCCCGAUUCGAUAGGACAUUUAUACAAAUUCGCCACUCGAGACGAUGGUGCAUCCCAGCAGCUCAAAGAGCUCAAAGACCGAGUGGCGGCAGCAGCGCUGAUGCGCGAGGCAGGCGUCAAGUGUGGAGUGUUUGUAGGGGUACCCAAGACCAUAAAUGGUCUUGCCGGGUUGUACCAGGCCCUAGAGGAUGAUGUAAAGGCAGCUCUUCCGAAGGAGAAUCCAAGAAACCAGGCUAGCACCGUAACGAACCAAGAAAACGGACUCAAGCUCUUCAAGUCCGUGUACGACCCGCAUACCGAUAAGCUUCUAUCUAAACUGCAGAGCUACCAUCCAGAUUUUGCCGGAUGGAUCGUGGAGCACGAGUAUGGCGCGCUGCUUUCAAACGUACCAGGCCAUAACCAUCUGUCGCGCACGCUCACCUCGGCGGUGGCGGUCGCCAGCUUGCGCGCUUCGGGGGGCGUUGGACCGCAAUUAGUCUCGCACGUGUAUGGGCUUCUCAAAGCGCGUGGAUUCGAUCCAGAGUCUGAAACCGACGAUGAUCGGUGGCUUGCCAGCGAGCAAGGGGCCGAAUGGGUGAUUGCGCUGGCCGAUGCUAUCUCUGAUGCGGUGGUAGGAAUACAUCUUGAGCGUGCCAGGCUCUAG